CUACCGGCGGGAUGUGGAAAGAAUCUCGAAAGAGCCUCGAUGAAUAGGCGUGAUCGAUGCUAAGGUGUGAGACGGUGAUCCCACCGAAUCACGGAUUUCAAUUUAAUUUCAAAUCAACCGUGUUGAUCGCUCGACUUCCGAAGAUGUAAAAUCGAUAGAGAAGAUCCAGAAAGGAAGCCUUCACGGAAGACAACAGAAGUGAUUUGUGACAUCCUGCUGUACGUUGGACUAAAUCGAUUAAAAUUCGAAAAUUGAAAGUUGAUGUUCUGCAAGUCCCUUCAUUAGAAAUUGGAAAAUAAUUUGAAUUUUUAAUAAAUUAAAUAUCAGUGCGAGCUGAACACGGAAUGAAAAUAAAGACUGUAACACGAAAAAAAAAAGAGCUAGUGGAUAAUUGAUGAUCAAUUUAAUCCAACAUCUCUCUCGGAAAACCUUUCCCAGCAUCUUAUCUUUGGAUAUAUAUCUUUGGAUAUUCGAUAGUGACAUAUUUCUCUGAGACCAAGAAAAAUAUACUUCAUAGCGGAAACGUUGAAAUUUUACGAAGCAUGCGUCUCGCUUUGAUUCUUUGAAGAAAGAAAAACUUUGAAAAAGGUUUCCCGUUUAAGGGAUUACAGAAGAAAUUUUCGAAGAUGGACGGCGCACCAACAUGGGACGAUCCGCUUUUCUCGGACUUUGGGACUCCACGCGGAACCACCGGGAGUCACAGUAUCCAGGUGAUGCUGAGUUUGCAGACAGGCGGAGGUCAUCAUGGAAGCGGCGAUUUGAUGCCGACCGGCGGUCAGCUUCACAAACUGGACUCCUCCAAUAGCCCGUCACCGCAUCAUCAGGCCGCAUCGCAGCAUCAGCAUCACCUGCAGCAACAACAGCAGCAGCAGAAAGAGCUCAAAGAGCUUGAGUUGUCCGGCAUGUAUGCACCGUUGCCACCACAGACCCAGGACGUCACCACUUCAACAUCUACCAGCGUCACGCCGACCUCGACGAGUCUCCAGCAGGGUCUGCAACUCGGUAACGCGCUCAAGAGGAAACCGGACGAUCCAAUCAACGCACUCGCGCCAGUCAGUAGCGAAGCGCAGCCAGCCAAGAAGGACUCGAAGAAGAAGACUGAUAACAACAACAUCAAAAAGAAAAAGACGAGAACAACUUUUACGUCCUACCAAUUGGAAGAAUUAGAAAGAGCCUUCGAACGAGCACCUUAUCCGGAUGUUUUUGCGCGCGAUGAACUUGCGCUGAAGCUUGCUCUGUCAGAGACUCGCGUGCAAGUUUGGUUUCAAAAUCGCCGUGCGAAGUGGCGGAAGAAAGAACCACCUCGCAAGACUGCCAGUUUCAUAGCCGCGGGUUCCGCCAGUCCCGGUUUACCAGGCUCCUUUACGUCGCUCAACAAUACUCUAAAUCCGUUUGCGUCGCCGACGACGGCGACGGCGCCGCCGGACGCUUGGUACUCGUCGACGUACGAUCUGGGGCACUUAAAUUUGCUGAAUCCGUCGAAUUCGCCGUACUCGACCGCAGCGGCUGCGGCCGCAAGCUUCGGCAACAACGGCAGUGUCUCGUAUUCGCCGUACGCGAGCAUGUUGCCGACGCAGCACGACGCCGCGUUGUUCACCUCGCCGACUGCCGCCGGCAACACCAUGCGAGUCCAUCAGGAUUACAUGAAUCCUGGUGGCGGCAGUAGCCCGCCGCCACCAGGUGGGCCUCUCACUCGUGCCGACUAUCAGACCAUGGUGACGACGCACUCGCCGCCCACCCACCUGGGUAACUCCAUGUCCGAGGACGAGCACGGUGGUUGCCUCGCGGACAAGUAUGCGCACGAGACUGCGGCCGAUUACGGUCAGCAGCAACAACCACCGCCGCCGAACGAUCAGAAGCAGGACUACGGUAUGCACUCGCCACAGGCGCGCCAGGCCAUGAAGGAUCAAGUCAUGAUCAAGAGCGAGCCCGGCAGCCAGCCGAGCUACGUGCAGCUGCCUCCUUUUCUGAACUGACUCGCGGCCUCCUCCACUCUAGAUCUCUUCUAGGCGACUUUUGCGAUCUGUCCGGGUUUCGUGACGAACGCGAGGAGUAUUAGAUCUUGGACUUGUUAGGUCGCGCAAUUUCAACCGGGCUCGCAUCGGCGCUACUUAUACAUCAUCUAGCUUCCGAUGGCGAA